GAAACUACAGGGACAGCUACACCAGAGUGAUUCAAAAGGUUAUUUUCAGUCGAGCUUCGCGUGUCUCUGAUGUGAAACUGAUGAUUUUAUUCCAGGAUGGAAAAGAUGAGAGAAACACCUGAUUCAGUCCUCCUGUCUAUAAAUACCGCAGUCUACCUGCACAGGUGAGUCUUCAGCAUCCGGUGUUCCAGAGAAGAGGUUACAGAAGGUUCUCCAGGGACCUGAGAGGACUCAGCUGGCGUCUCAGCGUUAAUCAGAAACACUGACGUUCCCCGGAGAACCGCAGAACAGGAGUGUUUAUAGAAACCUGAAUGACGCUGCAGCAUCACAAAGAAGAAGAAGGUGGAUGGAAGCAGCAGCAGGUAGUACACCUUUAGACAGCACACCUUUAUCCUCCAUUAGCGACUUUCAUUCAGGUAAAAACCUCAGCGAGCCUCUAUGAUGAAGGCGGGGGUUCUCCAUAGUUGGUUCUCUACAGUUGGUUUUGUUAGUUCUCCUCUGAGUUCCUACAGAAGGAGCAGCUUUCCUUGGGUUGUCACCAGGUAAAUGUUCUCCAGGUGAAAACGAGGAGUUGAAGCUUUAUUUGGAGGUUCUUGUGUGGAACAUCUCCUGAUGAAAAGUUAUUGAUGAUGUUUUUAUUGAUCUUUGCUUCACUGAUCGGCUCCAUUCAUGAACUGUUUUAGUUUUUAGAACUUUGUCUGUAAAUAGAUUAUUGAUUGAGUGAUCGAUCAAGUGACUUUAAUGAUCAUAUCCAGUCUGUCACUGUGCAGAUCAAAGAUAUUAUAGAUAAUCAAUCAAUGCAUUUGAUUGGCUUUAAACUGGAACAGGUCAUCUGUAGUAUUCAACAACAUCACCAUACAGAGAGAACAAGCUCUGAUUGGUCAAGAAACAGCUUGUCAUCUGUCAUGUGACUUCAGUCCGCUGACUCCUCCCCCUUCAGGUGGACAGUGACAUCAUGAGUCGGUGGCGGCGUUCUGUGGACGAGCUGGCAGCACGGCGCCGCCAGCAGGGCGAGUGUGAGCGCGCUCAGGACGCUCUCAGCCGUGUCACUUCCUGCUUCCAGCAACUGGCGACGUCAUUAGGAAGCUCAGCGGACGGCAGCUUCCUGCGGGACGAGAUGGACGAGACGAGAGCGCUGGCUCACCGUAUCUGCAACGGUAACCCACCUGUCUGUCUCACCUGUCUGUCUCACCUGUCUGUCUCACCUGUCUGUCUCACCUGUCUCUCUGCAGGUCUGUCCCGCCGCCUGCUGUGUCUCCUGUCAGACUCCGCCCACUCAGGUGUGGAGGACAGACAGGUGUCAGAACGUCUGUGGGUUCUCUUCCUGUCGGCAUUGGAGAAUUUUCUGUGUGACCUCCGUAGGGCGAGCGAUCUGAUUGGUCAGUUCCCUCUGACUCGGCGCUGUGAUCGACGCUCUUUGGUCAAUGCAGGGUGCAUCGAUGGCGUGGUGGGCGUGGCGGCGCGGGUGGCUUCGGUCCAGGUGCCGUGGCUCACCUUGGAGGAGGAGUCCAGCCCUGAUCUGGCCAAUCACAUCGCAGGCCUGGAGGCCCUGUUGAGUGAGCUGCAGCUGAGGGUUCCGGUGGUGUUCUGGUCGGUGGAGGCGACCCAGCCGGCCUGGGCUGAAGCUCGCGGUGUUCUGGACGAACCGGACGAAAGCCUGGAGGACCUGAUGGAGGUCGAGGUCGUCUCCAAUGGCAACAAAAUGGCCGCCUGUUGCCCGCCGGCGUGCUGUGGACUCGGCUGUGUCGGCUAGAAGGAGGACGUGGAUCUGGUCCAGAGGUGUCCAACAUGAGGCCCAUGGGCCCAAAGCGGUCCUCCAGAGGGUCCAAUCCAGAGAAGACAUUAGCUGCAGAUUGUAAAUUUGUAAAACUAUAAAUUUAAAAUAAUUUCUAGACCAUGACAAGUUGUUUGGAUCAGAAAGUAAAAUACUAGAUUGUUCAUUUGUCAUUUUAUGUCUCAUUUUUGUAAUAUUUUGUUUGUUUUUUUUGUCUUGCUUGUGUUUGUGUAUUUUUUUGUCGUUUUGUCUCUCACAGCUGUCUCAUUUUUGUAAAAUUUUGUUAUUUUUUGUCUUUUUGUCUGACUUGGCGUUUUGUGUCUCAUUUUUUGUAAUAUUUUUGGGGUUUUUUUUACAGUAAAUCCUCCAUGGUUCAGGUCCAGCUGACUAAAUGUUGUGUUCCUUUGUCGACACUCUGUGAUCUGGAAGUUGUAAUGUGGAAAUGAUAAACUGAGGAUGAAUGUGGAUGAAAAUGAACUUAUUUUUCUUCAUAAAUUUCAGGUUGUUCAUGAUGUUUAGUAAAA